CCCGCUCGGCGGGGCCCCCCGCGGUCACGGCGCUGAGGAGACGACGGAACAGCCGCCGCCCGGCCCGGAUUAGGAGUCCCCCGCCUGCGCCGCCACAUUGGCCUCCUUCCCCCUCGGCCUCUCCGUCCUCUCUCUUUCCCGACCCCCACCCCCCCGGCCCGGAUCGGAUUCCACAUUGGCCCAGUGCGUGGGAGAUGGGAAGUAAUGAUAGUUGGCACCUAAACUAAGAUACCUGUAUAGACACCACCAUCCCAGAACUUCAGGAUGAAUGGGGAUAUGCCUCAUGUUCCCAUCACUACUCUUGCGGGGAUCGCUAGUCUCACAGACCUCCUGAACCAGCUGCCUCUUCCGUCUCCUUUACCUGCUACGACUACAAAGAGCCUGCUCUUUAACGGCCGCAUAGCAGAAGAGGUGAACUGCCUUUUGGCCUGUAGGGAUGAAAAUUUGGUUUCACAGCUCAUACACAGCCUCAACCAGGUGUCAACGGAUCACAUAGAGUUGAAAGACAACCUUGGCAGCGAUGAUCCGGAGGGGGACAUACCAGUCUUGUUGCAGGCCGUCCUGGCAAGGAAUCCUAACGUUUUCAGGGAGAAAAGCAUGCAGAACAGAUAUGGGGUACAAAGCGGAAUGAUGAUGCCACAGUAUAAACUUUCUCAGAAUUCCAUGCACGGUAGUCCUGCAUCUUCCAAUUAUCAACAAACCACUAUUUCACAUAGCCCUUCCAGCCGGUUUGUGCCCCCACAGACAAGCUCUGGGAACAGAUUUAUGGCCCAACAGAACAGCCCAGUGCCUAGUCCAUACGCCCCUCAAAGCCCUGCAGGAUACAUGCCAUAUUCACAUCCUCCCAGUUACACAACACAUCCGCAGAUGCAGCAAGCAUCAGUAUCAAGUCCCAUCGUCCCAGGAGGGAUGAGAAACAUACAUGACAGUAAAGUUUCCGGUCAGUUAUCUGGAAAUUCAGCUAACCACCAUGCCGAUAAUCCUAGACAUGGCUCAAGUGAGGACUACCUGCAUAUGGUGCACAGGCUAAGUAGUGAUGAUGGCGAUUCGUCGUCAAUGAGGAACGCUGCAUCUUUCCCCUUGAGGUCACCACAGCCAGUGUGCUCCCCAGCUGGAAGUGAUGGAACUCCUAAAGCAUCAAGACCAUCUUUAAUCCUGCAGUCUCAACCUCCACCCUAUUCAUCACCUAGAGAUGUUCCACCGGACAUUUUGCUAGACUCUCCAGAAAGGAAGCAGAAGAAACAAAAGAAGAUGAAGUUAGGCAAGGAGGAGAAGGACCAGAGCGAAAAAGCCGCAAUGUACGAUAUCAUUAGUUCGCCCUCGAAGGAUUCAACUAAACUUACGUUGAGGCUUUCCCGCGUAAGAUCCUCAGAUAUGGACCAGCCGGAGGAUCUGCUUUCUGGGAUGGAAAACAGUAACGUGUCGGAAAGCGACCUUCCUUUCAACGUGCAGUACCCAGGACAGACUUCAAAGACGCCCAUUACGCCCCAGGAUGUUAACCGCCCACUAAACGCCGCUGCUCAGUGUUUGCAGCAGCACGAACAGACAGCAUUCCUUCAGGCACAGCAAGUGCCCGUUUUACAACAGAACACUUCAGUUGCUGCAAAACAACCUCAGACUUCUGUGGUACAGACCCAGCCUCAGCAACAGGUAUCCCAACAAGGAACUAUAACGCCAUACGACGAAGUAGAAUUGGAUGCGUUGGCUGAAAUUGAGCGGAUAGAGCGGGAAUCAGCUAUUGAAAGGGAGCGUUUUUCAAAGGAAGUGCAAGAUAAAGAUAAACCUUUGAAAAAGAGAAAACAAGAUUCUUACCCACAGGAGGCUGGGGGUGCCACUGGAGCUAAUAGACCAGCUUCUCAGGAGACAGGUUCCACAGGAAAUGGCUCAAGGCCAGCAUUGAUGGUUAGCAUUGAUCUUCAGCAGGCAGGACGCGCGGACUCUCAGGCAUCUGUAACUCAGGAACCAGACACCAUGAAAAAGCUUGAAGAAGUCAAACAGUGUAACGACGGCUCUGUGGCUCUUCUUCAAGACGAUGCUGUCGGUGUUCUUAAACCUAAACCUGAAAACCAUCCUGAGACCCCUAGGAAAAAGGCCGACUCUGAGGGCUCAAAGACCGAAAUGAAGCAAACCGAGAGCAGGUUGGCGGAAGCAAAACCAAAUGAGAACCGAUUGGUAGAGAUGAAACCAAAUGAAAGCAGGUUAAUAGACACUAAAAAUGAGAGCAGGACGGUGGAAACGAAACAAAAUGACAGCCGGACCGUGGAAACAAAGCCAAACGACAGCAGGACGGUGGAGAUAAAACCCAACGAGAGCAGGACGGCGGAGCCGAAACAAAAUGAAAACAAACAAAAUAAUGGCAAGCCGGAAAUAUCCAAGCCGAGGCCAGAAACCCCGAAGCAGAGGGGUGAAGGCCGGCCAGAAACCCCGAAGCAGAGGGGGGAAGGCCGGCCAGAAACCCCGAAGCAGAGGGGUGAAGGCAGGCCAGAAACCCCGAAGCAAAAGGGUGAAGGCCGACCAGAAACCCCAAAGCAGAAGGGCGACGGGCGGCCAGAAACCCCAAAGCAGAAGGGCGACAGCCGGCCCGAAACGCCCAAACACAAGCACGACAACCGGAGGGAUUCCGGCAAGCCAUCCGCGGAAAAGAAACCUGAAAUAACAAAACACAAACCAGAUUCAAAAUCCGAGCCUUCCAGGGUGAAAUCCGAGCGAUCCGAAACGAUCAAACAGAGGCCAGAUGGGCGGUCUCUUCCUGAGGCGUUGAGGCGUGACCACGAUAGUAAACCGAAGGCGGAAGAGAGGGGCGAAGCCGAGAGGCACAGGGGAGACCAGUCCCGAAUGAGAAGACCCGAGACCUUGCGAUCCUCCAACAGAAGCGAACACGACUCUAGACAUGGCAUUAAAUCUGAGGGUUCGAAGAUGGAUAAGCUAGAGAGAAAACAUAGGCAUGAGUCAGGAGAGUCGAGGGAAAGAAUUUCUUCUACCGGGGAGCAGAAAUCGAGACCCGAUAGCCCUCGCGUUAAGCAAGAGGGCAGAGGAGACCCCGGGAAAUCAAGACCGGAUAGACCGGGUUUUAAAUCCCCAAACAGUAAAGAUGACCGAAGGACAGAUGGUAACAAGGGCAAAUUAGACGGUAGUAAACCGCACCCUGACAAUAAGGCAGAAUUUCCCAGCUAUUUGUUGGGUGGCAGGUCUGGUGCAUUGAAACAUUUUGUCAUUCCAAAAAUCAAGCGGGAUAAAGAUGGGAAUGUUACUCAGGAGACGAGGAAGAUGGAAAUUAAGGGGGAGCAGAAAGACAAAGUCGAAAAGAUUGGCCUUGUAGAAGACUUAAAUAAAGGAGCUAAGCCCGUAGUUGUCCUGCAGAAGCUGUCUUUGGAUGAUGUUCAAAAAUUCAUUAAGGAUAGAGAGGACAAAUCAAGAGGCUCUCUUAAACCUAGCAAGAAUAAGCCAUCCAAAUCAAAUAAAGGUAGUAUAGAUCAGUCAGUGUUAAAAGAAUUGCCCCCUGAACUCCUGGCAGAAAUUGAAUCCACCAUGCCACUUUGUGAACGUGUGAAAAUGAACAAGCGCAAACGUAGCACAGUUAAUGAAAAGCCAAAAUAUGCUGAGAUCAGUUCUGAUGAAGACAAUGACAGUGAAGAAGCCUUUGAAUCUUCUCGGAAACGGCAUAAGAAAGAUAAAGAUGAUGAUAAAGCUUGGGAAUAUGAAGAGCGGGAUCGAAGAAGCUCUGGCGACCAUAGGAGGAGUGGCCAUUCUCAUGAAGGAAGGAGGAGUUCUGGUGGUAGCCGCUACCGCAAUCGCAGCCCGUCGGACUCCGACAUGGAAGAUUAUUCUCCUCCUCCCAGCCUCAGUGAGGUUGCUAGAAAAAUGAAGAAAAGAGAAAAACAGAAGAAGAGGAAAGCUUAUGAACCGAAACUAACACCUGAAGAAAUGAUGGAUUCUUCGACAUUCAAAAGGUUUACUGCUUCAGUAGAGAAUAUUUUGGAAAAUCUAGAAGAUAUGGAUUUUACAGCAUUUGGCGAUGAUGAUGAAAUUCCUCAGGAACUGCUACUAGGAAAACAUCAGCUUAGCGAACUGGGCAGCGAAUCGGCUAAAAUUAAAGCAAUGGGCAUAAUGGACAAGCUCUCAACAGAUAAAACAGUUAAAGUCCUGAACAUUUUGGAGAAGAAUAUUCAAGAUGGCUCCAAACUUUCUACAUUGCUAAACCAUAACAAUGAUACUGAAGAAGAGGAGCGACUGUGGAGAGAUCUUAUUAUGGAGAGGGUUACAAAAUCAGCUGAUGCCUGUCUUACAGCUAUCAACAUUAUGACAUCACCCAAUAUGCCCAAAGCUGUAUAUAUUGAGGAUGUAAUAGAAAGAGUCAUCCAGUACACUAAAUUUCACUUGCAGAAUACUCUUUAUCCUCAGUAUGAUCCUGUCUACAGAGUGGAUCCUCACGGAGGAGGACUUUUAAGUUCUAAAGCAAAGCGCGCCAAAUGUUCGACUCACAAGCAGAGGGUAAUAGUGAUGCUGUAUAACAAGGUUUGUGACAUUGUUAGCAGUUUGGCGGAAUUGCUAGAAAUUCAACUCCUUACUGACACCACAAUUCUUCAGGUAUCAUCUAUGGGAAUAACACCUUUUUUUGUAGAAAAUGUCAGUGAACUACAGUUAUGUGCCAUCAAACUAGUCACUGCAAUAUUCUCAAGAUAUGAAAAACAUAGGCAGUUGAUUUUGGAAGAAAUUUUUACUUCACUUGCAAGAUUGCCAACCAGCAAGAGGAGUCUGAGGAAUUUCAGGUUAAAUAGUAGUGAUAUGGAUGGAGAGCCUAUGUAUAUUCAGAUGGUUACUGCACUCGUUCUACAGCUUAUUCAGUGUGUAGUGCACCUGCCGUCAUCAGAGAAAGAUUCUAAUUCAGAAGAGGAAUCAAACAAAAAAGUUGAUCAGGAUGUCAUUAUUACUAACUCUUACGAAACUGCCAUGCGAACAGCACAAAACUUCCUCUCCAUUUUCCUUAAAAAGUGCGGAAGCAAGCAAGGAGAAGAAGAUUAUAGACCCCUCUUUGAAAACUUUGUGCAAGAUCUCCUUUCCACGGUCAACAAACCUGAAUGGCCUGCUGCCGAGCUACUUCUUAGUUUGUUAGGGAGAUUGCUGGUUCAUCAGUUCAGUAACAAGUCAACAGAGAUGGCCUUGAGAGUGGCGUCCCUUGAUUAUCUUGGAACUGUAGCCGCACGGCUGAGGAAAGAUGCCGUCACAAGCAAAAUGGAUCAAGGGUCAAUAGCCCGGAUUUUAAAACAGGUUUCUGGAGGGGAAGAUGAAAUCCAGCAGUUGCAAAAAGCCUUGCUAGAUUACCUGGAUGAGAACACUGAGACUGAUCCGUCAUUGGUGUUUUCUCGGAAGUUCUACAUAGCCCAGUGGUUUCGAGAUACAACAUUAGAGACCGAAAAAGCAAUGAAAUCCCAAAAAGAUGAGGAUUCCUCCGAAGGAACGCAUCACGCCAAGGAGGUUGAAACAACAGGACAGAUCAUGCAUCGGGCCGAAGGUCGAAAGAAGUUUCUUCGAAGCAUUAUUAAAAUCACGCCUUCUCAGUUCAGCACGUUGAAGAUGAAUUCUGAUACUGUGGACUAUGAAGAUGCUUGCUUGAUUGUUCGAUACUUGGCCUCUAUGAGGCCGUUUGCCCAGAGCUUCGAUAUUUAUUUGACACAGAUUCUACGUGUGCUUGGCGAAAACGCAAUUGCUGUUCGAACAAAAGCCAUGAAGUGUUUAUCUGAGGUUGUGGCUGUAGACCCCAGCAUCCUAGCAAGGCUGGAUAUGCAGAGAGGCGUGCACGGGCGGUUAAUGGAUAACUCCACCAGUGUCCGAGAGGCAGCGGUGGAGUUGUUAGGCCGGUUUGUGCUGUGUCGACCUCAGCUUGCCGAACAGUAUUACGACAUGCUGAUCGAACGGAUCCUGGAUACUGGCAUCAGCGUCAGGAAAAGGGUAAUAAAGAUUCUGAGGGACAUUUGCAUUGAACAACCGACGUUUCCCAAAAUUACAGAGAUGUGUGUAAAAAUGAUCCGCAGAGUAAAUGAUGAAGAGGGCAUUAAGAAAUUAGUAAAUGAAACAUUCCAGAAGCUCUGGUUUACUCCAACCCCUCACAAUGACAAAGAAGCAAUGACCAGGAAGAUAUUAAACAUCACCGACGUGGUUGCAGCAUGUAGAGAUACUGGAUAUGAUUGGUUUGAGCAGCUUCUUCAAAAUCUGUUGAAAUCGGAAGAAGAUGCUUCAUAUAAACCUGUGAAGAAAGCCUGUACGCAGCUUGUUGAUAACCUGGUGGAGCACAUUCUGAAAUAUGAAGAAUCUCUAGCUGACUCUGACAACAAGGGUGUGAAUUCCGGUCGCUUGGUAGCAUGCAUAACCACUCUAUUCUUAUUCAGUAAAAUCAGACCCCAGCUAAUGGUCAAACAUGCCAUGACCAUGCAACCAUACCUUACCACUAAAUGUAGUACACAAAAUGAUUUCAUGGUGAUCUGCAAUGUUGCAAAAAUCUUAGAACUGGUAGUGCCAUUGAUGGAGCAUCCAAGUGAGACAUUUCUGGCCACUAUUGAGGAAGAUCUUAUGAAACUCAUCAUCAAAUAUGGCAUGACAGUGGUGCAGCAUUGUGUGAGCUGCCUCGGGGCAGUUGUGAAUAAAGUCACCCAAAAUUAUAAAUUUGUGUGGGCCUGUUUCAAUAGAUACUAUGGUGCCCUUUCAAAAUUGAAAAGUCAGCACCAGGAAGAUCCAAACAGCACCAUCCUCACAGCAAACAAACCAGCACUUCUUAGAUCUCUUUUCACUGUAGGAGCACUCUGUCGACAUUUUGAUUUUGACCAGGAGGACUUUAAAGGCAACAGUAAGGUUAACAUAAAGGACAAAGUACUUGAAUUAUUAAUGUAUUUUACAAAACAUUCAGAUGAGGAAGUGCAAACCAAAGCCAUAAUAGGUCUAGGCUUUGCAUUUAUUCAGCAUCCAAGUCUAAUGUUUGAGCAGGAGGUGAAGAAUCUGUAUAACAGCAUUCUCUCUGAUAAGAACAGCUCGGUAAACUUGAAAAUCCAAGUUUUGAAAAAUCUCCAGACGUACCUACAGGAAGAAGAUACACGUAUGCAGCAGGCAGAUAGAGACUGGAAAAAAGUAGCCAAACAAGAAGACCUAAAAGAAAUGGGAGAUAUUUCCUCAGGGAUGAGCAGCUCCAUCAUGCAGCUUUACCUCAAACAGGUGCUUGAGGCAUUCUUUCACAACCAGUCGAGUGUGCGCCACUUUGCUCUAAAUGUCAUUGCCUUGACUCUGAACCAGGGCCUUAUUCAUCCAGUACAGUGUGUGCCAUAUUUAAUUGCCAUGGGCACAGACCCGGAGCCUGCAAUGCGGAACAAAGCCGAUCAGCAGCUUGUGGAAAUCGACAAAAAAUAUGCGGGAUUCAUUCAUAUGAAGGCAGUGGCCGGCAUGAAGAUGUCCUAUCAAGUCCAACAGGCAAUCAACACAUCCUUGAAAGAUCCUGUAAGGGGUUUCAGGCACGAUGAAUCCUCCAGCGCUCUGUGCUCCCAUCUGUACUCCAUGAUCCGAGGAAAUCGCCAACACCGACGGGCUUUUCUGAUUUCUUUACUCAACCUCUUUGAUGACACUGCAAAAACCGAGGUGAACAUGCUCCUGUAUAUUGCGGACAAUCUGGCAUGUUUUCCUUACCAGACCCAGGAAGAGCCUCUGUUCAUCAUGCAUCAUAUAGACAUCACAUUAUCGGUUUCUGGUAGUAACCUACUGCAGUCAUUCAAGGAGUCAAUGGUAAAGGACAAAAGGAAAGAGAGGAAGCCAUCCCCUGCUGAGGAGAGCGCCUCUGAGAACGACAGCGAGGAAGAGGUUUCCAAGCCUCGGAAGUCCCGGAAGCGGGUAGAAGCCGAGUUGGACUCUGACGAAGAAGACGAUGUAAAUGCUGUGAUGAAGUGCUUACCGGACAAUUCAACUCCUUUAAUUGAAUUUGCAAACGUCUCCCAGGGAAUUCUAUUGCUUCUGAUGUUAAAGCAACAUUUAAAGAACCUUUGUGGAUUCUCUGAUAGUAAAAUUCAGAAAUAUUCUCCUUCUGAAUCUGCAAAAGUAUAUGAUAAGGCGAUAAACAGGAAGACGGGAGUUCAUUUCCAUCCGAAACAGACCCUGGAUUUCCUGCGGAGUGAUAUGGCUAAUUCCAGAAUCACUGAAGAUGUGAAGAGGAGUAUAGUAAAACAGUAUCUAGAUUUCAAACUCCUUAUGGAACAUUUGGAUCCCGACGAAGAAGAAGAAGAGGGGGAGGUAUCUGCUAGCACAAACGCCCGGAACAAAGCAAUUACCUCGCUGCUUGGAGGAGGCAGCCCUAAAAAUAAUGCAGCUGAGACAGAGGAUGAUGAAAGUGAUGGGGAGGAUAGAGGAGGAGGCACUUCAGGGUCAUUGAGAAGGUCAAAACGAAAUUCAGACUCUACGGAGUUGGCAGCACAGAUGAAUGAAAGUGUUGAUGUCAUGGAUGUCAUCGCUCUUUGCUGUCCAAAGUACAAAGACCGACCGCAAAUUGCAAGAGUAGUGCAGAAAACCAGCCACGGCUUCAGUGUUCAGUGGAUGGCGGGCUCCUACAGUGGCUCCUGGACUGAGGCUAAGCGCCGCGAUGGCCGCAAACUGGUGCCUUGGGUAGACACUGUUAAAGAGGCAGACGUUAUUUACAAAAAGAUUGCUCUAACGAGUGCUAAUAAACUGACUAAUAAAGUGGUUCACACUUUACGAUCGCUGUACGCCGCCAAGGAUGGGACUUCCAGCUAAUGAAUUUGUACGUGCAGCCAAAUUGACAGGAAUUGGGAAAACACACACACAAAAAAACCCCACAAAACACACACCCA